GCGGGACCCCGGAAGGAGGGGUGGGGUGCCCUCCUUUCCCUUGGGUCACGCGCGGCAGGAAGUGGUUCCCGAAACGGAGUAUUCGAGAUGGCGACUGCCCUGGACAUUAAGGUUAAAAGAGCGAACAAGGUUUAUCACGCCGGGGAAAUGCUCUCCGGGGUGGUGGUCGUAUCUGGGAAGGAUUCGGUCCAGCACCAGGGAGUCUCCUUGACAGUGGAAGGAACUGUGAACCUCCAACUCAGUGCCAAGAGUGUGGGUGUGUUCGAAGCAUUCUAUAAUUCUGUUAAGCCCAUCCAGAUUAUCAACAGUACCAUCGAAAUGGUGAAACCAGGAAAAUUUCCCAGUGGCAAAACAGAAAUUCCUUUUGAAUUUCCUCUGCACGUGAAGGGUAACAGAGUUCUAUAUGAGACUUACCAUGGCGUGUUUGUCAACAUUCAGCCUCAGAAGCGGAAACUGACUCCGAGUCCCGUGGCCUUCACUGUCACGCCUGAAACCUUACAGAAUGUCAAAGAGAGAGCCUUGCUCCCCAAAUUUCUCAUCAGAGGACAUCUCAACUCGACCAACUGUGUUAUCACACAGCCACUAACGGGAGAGCUGGUGGUGGAGAGCUCGGAGGCCGCCAUCAAAAGCAUUGAGCUGCAGCUGGUGCGCGUGGAGACCUGCGGUUGUGCAGAAGGGUACGCCCGCGAUGCCACAGAGAUUCAGAACAUUCAGAUCGCCGACGGGGAUGUGUGUCGGGGUCUCUCUGUCCCCAUAUACAUGGUCUUCCCCCGGCUCUUCACCUGCCCGACACUGGAGACCACCAACUUCAAAGUGGAGUUCGAGGUGAACAUUGUUGUGCUGCUUCACCCCGAGCACCUCAUCACAGAGAACUUCCCGCUGAAGCUCUGCAGGAUGUAGGCGGG